AUGUUUUCCGGCCUGACAAAUCAGGUGUCCACUUGGAUGGGAAAGAAGGGUGAGGACGGUACUGAAGUAACUGAAGAAAAGCCUUCAUCACCUACUCUUGAAGGUGAUCAAGAUCUUGAAAAAAAAGAUAGCAGCCCGACAAAAGGUAGUAAAUUGGAGAUGCUCGCCGGAGUGAAAUCACAAAUGACAGGAUGGUUGAGUGGAGGAAUCCCUGGAUUAUCAGGUCGUGGCGCUGCUGAAGCCGCUGAAGGUGGUGAAAUUCAACCUGCAUCAGCAGAAGCUACUGAAAAUCAAGCACCGAGGGAGACUACACCAGGCCCAUCGUCUGAACAUGUAAAAGAUGAUGACGCAAGCAGUGCUACUGGAGGUGCUGACAGUGGACCAGCUAGUCUUGAAGGUACACCUACUGAAGACAAGGAUGGUCAACAACCAUUUGGUGCUGGAUUCAAUUUGAAAACUUAUCGGUUCGAGGACGUGCAGAUGAUUACGUACUCUCAAUCACAAACCUGCUACUGA